GUGUGUGUUCGCGGUGCUGGCAGCCAAGGUCGAUGCGAAUCUCCUGUGUAUCACAUCCCCCACCUGCCGCUGCGAGUACUUAUAUUAAGGAGAAAGUGUUUGAUGGUCAGCUUUUUGUUGCCGGCAGAACGCCGACGGAGCAAGUAAAAAUGCGUUUGCUUUUGGCUCUGUGUUUGUUGGCGGUGGCGCCGUGCGCGUUCGCUGAGCUCCAGGAGAUCUUCAAGUGGAAGCAGGUGGACUUCAACUUCGCGAACGAUUCGGUGCGGCAGGAGGCUCUGAAAUCGGGCGCAUACGACCCGAAGAACGCGCUGCCGCUCGGCAUCGCGUACUACGAGGGCCGCGUCUUCAUCUCGCUGCCCAAGUGGAAGCCGGGCACGUCGGCCACUCUGGUCACGGUGCCGUACGACGCUGCCAAAGCCACCGAGCAGGGCGCCACCUCGCCCCUGCUCAAUCCCUACCCCAACUGGUCGUGGCACCAGCGGCCCGAGGGCGACUGCGAUGGCCUCACCUCCGUCUUCAGGAUGCAGGUUGACCAGUGCGGACGACUCUGGGUCCUCGACUCCGGCUUGGAGAACGUGGCCACCGGUGGAAAACAGGUGUGCCCGUCACAGUUGCUCAUCUUCGACCUGAAAUCAGACACACUGCUGCGCCGCUACCGCAUCCCGAAGACCUCGCUGAAGGACAACUCGUUCCUGGCCGCGCUUACCCUGGACGUGGCCGGUGACCAAUGCGGCAGCGAACAGGACGACUCGUUCGCCUACUUCGCCGACAUUUACGGCAACGGUCUGAUCGUCUACUCGUUCAAGGACGACCGCUCUUACAGGGUGGAUCACCCCUACUUCAUGCCCGAUCCCCUCGCCUGCAAGUUCAACGCCGGCGGCAUCAACUUCCGGUGGGUCGACGGCGUGUUCGGGCUUGCCCUCUCGCCUCUCGUGCCCAGCGACCCCACCAACCGCACCCUCUACUUCCACCCCAUGAGCAGCUUCAACGAGUUUUCCGUGCCCACCUACAUCCUGAGGAACGAGACCGCCGCCAACCAAGAAGACAAUGACGAAUUCAAGGUCCUUCCUGAGCGUCGAGGCCGCAAGUACUCUCAGGCAUCUGCGUCAACCAUGUCGAAGGAAGGCAUCCUGAUCUACAACCUGGUGUCGAGGAACGCGAUCGGUUGCUGGAACACGCACCAGCCGCACUACGAAGGCCUUUGCGGCACUCUGUACCAGAACAACGAGACCCUGUCCUUGCCCAACGACAUCACCAUCGACGAGGAGAACCACAUCUGGGUGCUCUCCGACAAGCUGCACAAGUACCUGUACAAGGAGCUCAGCCCUGAGGAAUACAACUUCAGGGUGCUCAGGGGUGACAUCAACAAGGACGUCAAGGGAACCUCGUGCGAUCCUGAGUACAAACCAAAGCCUGAAGAACUUGAGCCCAAAUGUGCGCCCUAGGCCAAGACUCAGUCACAAAUUUUAUAAGUAGAUUGCAAUAAACUCUUGCUCACAGAAUUAAAGUAAA